CUGGUGCCUAGGGUUGUCUGGUCAGAGGCGUGAGAAGAGUUGUUGUAGAGUCUUCUUCUGGAGGGUCUUCGUGAGAGGAUUAGCAUGUCGUCCGUAAUCAAAAAAGUGAUCAGCACCGCAAAAGCCCCGGCGGCCAUCGGUGCCUACAGCCAAGCCGUGCUAGUGGACAGGACUGUUUACAUUUCUGGACAGGUGGGCUUGGAUCCUUCCAGUGGACAGCUUGUGCCAGGAGGGGUAGUAGAAGAAACCAAACAGGCUCUUACAAACUUGGGUGAGAUUCUGAAAGCCGCAGGCUGUGACUUCACUAAUGUGGUAAAGACAACUGUUUUGCUGGCUGACAUAAAUGACUUUGCCACUGUCAAUGAGAUCUACAAAAUGUAUUUCAAGAGCAACCUUCCUGCCAGGGCUGCAUACCAGGUCGCCGCUUUGCCCAGAGGAAGUCGAAUUGAAAUCGAAGCAGUUGCUGUCCUGGGGCCGUUCAGCUCAGCAUGACUAUAAGUGGCCAUGCUGACGCUGACUCUGGAUCUUUUUAAAAUGUCUUUCACGCCUUAAUUUUUACAAAUGAUGCUGGGAAGUAUAAACGUGACCAAAGUGGCUGAGGUCAUCGAGGAAACAACCUCACACACGGAGAAAUGAAUUGGAGAUAACUAGGUACACUGGCUGAUUUUCUAAGUGUACUUACACACACUCACACUGCUGAGUGAGAGAAGGGCUCAGCACAGCUACUCACGUGAGUGGCAGGAAAGGGAAGGUGAGCUGUUGUUCAUGACAAAUAGUAAGAGCACAGCUAAUUAAUUAAAUUAUUAAUUUCUCAUGUGAAAUAUUUAGUCCUCAUGUUAGAUAUAGGGAACUAAAUCAAAAUAGUUAAACCUGAACAGUACAGGAGAAUAAAGUAAACCAAAAUCUUACACGGAUAAUAUUUUUCUAAUGGAAAUAAAAAUAGAUGUGUAAUUUUA